GACACCUAUAGAAAACGCCAUCAUGGGUGAGACCACCGAGAUCACCGAGACCUCUGAUUUGAGAGAAAAAAGCACGCUCGCAUACGAGACCGAACCGCAAGGCCAACGAACCAGGUAUCUCACCCUGUCUGCCAUAGCUAUAUUUGUUUUAACCGUCGGUGUGCUCCUUCUCAUCAUCAUCACUAACCGAGGGGCGAAGGCAAGUCGCGAAGGGGCCAUUGAGAAGACCGAGACCACCGUCAUCAGAAACUAUGUCUUCCGACGUCGGCAAGCCGCCACUCCCGACAAAGAUACCAGUCGCACCGGCGUGUCGACUGCAAGGAAAGGCAAAAAAUCUGUCACCAGGUCGUCGUCCGCGUCUACGACCGCAGAUACCGACGAGGAACCCGCGGAAGCCACCACGCCACCCAUUGAGACAAAAGUCGACUCGACCUCGCCGACCGCAAGGCUGACCAGGAAACCUGCUAAGAAAACAACGGCGAGUACCGCUACCAAAAAGCCUAUCGCCAAGCUCAGCACCGCAACGACAACGUCAUCCACGGCUGAGACCGCAGUCAACGUGACCUCGCCGCCUGCAAGGCUGACCAAGAAACCCGUUAAGGAAACAAAGCCGAGUAGGGCCAGCAAAAUGCCUAUCGCCAAGCUCACCGUCAUUACCACAAAGAAACCUACGAAAGCUACUGAGAAGACGCCGGCUCAAGGACUGCCACCCGAGCUGGGAGAGAGGCCGCUCGUGUGCGCGUUCGGCAACGGCAGUCGCGACGCGCUGGUGUUCCCCACGGACGGCCUGUGCGACGCCGUGUUCUUCGACUCGCUGUACAAGUACCCCGGCUACGUGCUCGCCAGUGUGGACAACGGCUCACUGGCGCCACUGCGCCGCUUUCUCAACCACGCCAGGAGGUACAAGCGGACCCGCUUCGGCGUGGGAGUCGCCGCAAAGUACGUGGAAAUGGCGAGGGCCGAGUUCUUGUCUAACACAGCCGAGAGACACUACAUACCGUACUUGUGGGCCAACAAGGUGUACGACCUCGGCGUUCUCGAUUUCAUUCCUGACGAAACAACGAAAGUUGACCAAGUGAAGCUGGUCUUCGACUUGCUCAAGGACUACAAGCUACUUCAAACUUUCACACCGAUGUGGAGCGGACCGAAAGCCUACGUGGUUCUUGGUAUCGCACUGUUCAAGAAAUACGACAGCAUCUACGAGGACUUCAAAUAUCGAAUGAGUGAAAACCCUGUGGACGUGCUAAUACUGCGCACUCACUUCAGCGGACGAGACGACGCGCGAGAGGAUUGCGUCAUACAGGGCUCCACAUACUGGAAGGGUUCUAUCACGCAAUACCAUCCUAGCCUGAACUACACGCUGAUGUAUAUGGGCAACAACAAGGAAAACCUGGCAAUCACGAAGCCGUUGAUAUCCAUGUCACUAGCUGGGCGCUGGUACAGAUCCAAGGUUGGCGGCCAAAACAAGAGUGCUUACAUGAUCGGGGUCAGAUGUAAGCCUUACGAAAGCAAGGAAUAUCUCUACGAGCUGCAGGGGUUCACUUACAUCACAGAACAUCCAUCGUACGGGCCAAACCACACGUUCUUCGACGACAAGCGUUUUGUGAUGGCCUCCUACGACCCGGUCAAGGGAUACGCUCUCAUCUUCGACUCCGCAGCCACGAUAUACAUGAAGAUGUGCCUGUCCUACACCGACCAAAGCGCCUUGCCAUUCGGCCUCGCGCUGUUCGAUGCCGAGUACGACGACUGGUCCAAAAAAGUCAACAACACCGGCGGCUUCCCUCUCAUCCGCUCGGCUAGGAAAGCCCUGAACGACAUCGAGAAUAACACCGCAGGCGAUUCCCCUAAGUCUAUGAAAUGCGUAGCUCCCAAAUAAAGGAGUUAUUCG